AGUAGUUGUUAUUGUUGUCUGUUCCCGGAAGCUUGAAACUCAUAUUGGGCGUUGUGUUAUGUCGAAAGAGAAAUAAAGAUAGAUUUUGUGGUUUGAAGGUAUCUUAAAAACGCUACAUAACUUUCAGGACUAUCUUUCAACAGAUAGCUUAAUAUUUAUUCACAGAAGAUAGUUCAUCUGAAUGGUCUGUGACCUCAGCACUGAUGGCGCUGCAGGAGCGGACCCGGAGAAGUCUGCUGCGUUUGCGCCACCAGCUGGAGCAGGACAUCAGGCCGCAGGACCUCAUGGACCACAUGAUCAGCGAUGGCGUGAUCACAGUGGAUGAGGAGGAGAAGGUCCGGAUUAAGCCCACCAGAAAAGACCAAGCUGCAGCACUGAUCGACCUGCUGCUGAGGAAAGAUGAUUGUUCCGUCAUUUCUUUCUAUAACGCACUGAUGAAAGAAACGUACCACGAUCUGGCCAAAUCGCUGUAUCAAGACUUACCAGGUGUCUCCUUCAAUGGACGAAAAGGCUCCUUUGACAGCUCCGAAACUUACGUCCAGAUUAUGCUGAGUGAAGGUGGCGUCCCACAGAGGCCUGUGGUGUUUGUCAGCAGACCAGAGCUGCUGAAUCAGGUCAGGAUGAAACUUGAUUUGCUCCAGAAAGAUGCCGGCGGCUGGGUUACGGUGUUCGGCAUGGCCGGGUCAGGCAAGUCUGUGCUCGCCGCCGAGGCUGUCAGAGACCAGAGACUCAUCGAAGAGUGUUUCCCCAAUGGGGUUCAUUGGCUGUCCAUCGGUCAGCUGGACAAAUCAGACCUGCUGGUGAAGAUCCAGUCGUUGUGUUUUCGACUGGAGCAGAACCUGGACUCCCAGUCGCAGCACCGGCCGCCCACCUCUCUGGAUGAAGCAAAGGAGCGCCUGCGCUUCCUGAUGUUGCGCAGGUAUCCCAGAUCUCUACUAAUCCUCGAUGACAUCUGGGAUAGCUCUGUGCUCAAAGUGUUUGAUAUUCACUGUCGAAUUCUUCUGACCACCAGAAACAGAAGCCUCACUGAUUCUGUUAGCGGUGCCAAGUAUGAGGUGGAGGUAGAAAGUGUUCUGGACGACAGGAAGGCGCUGGAGAUCCUGGCCCUGUACACUAAAAUGAAUCAAAAUGCUCUUCCUGUGGAGGCUCGCGACAUCGUCAAAGAAUGUAAAGGCUCUCCUCUGGUCGUGUCUCUGAUCGGCGCUCUGCUCAAAGACAAACCCAACCGGUGGGAUUACUACCUCCGCCAGCUGCGGCAGAAGCAGUUCAAGCGCAUAAGGAAGUCUUCGUCCUACGACUACGACGCCUUGGAUCAGGCCAUGGCUGCAAGCAUCGAGGUUCUACCAGACGAACAUCGGGAGCGCUACAAAGACCUGACUGUGUUCCAAAAGGACGUCAAGAUCCCCGCUAAGAUUCUGUGUGUUUUGUGGGAUCUGGAGCCAGAGGAGGUGGAGGACAUUCUCCAAGAGUUUGUCAACAAAUCCCUGCUUUUUGUAGACAACAACAGUAGACUGAACCUGUACUACCUUCACGACCUCCAGCUGGACUUCCUGGAGGAGCAGAACCGAGAUCAGAUACAGAGUCUUCACAGGAAGGUGGUGGACCAGUACCACCAUCACUACAGAGAGGCUGCUCCCACCUUUGGAGACGAGGGUCGUCUUUAUUGGAUCAGAUUUCUCACCUACCACUUGGCCAAAGCCAAGAUGUUCCAGGAGCUGUAUUCGCUCAUGUUCUCGCUGGACUGGGUCAAGAUGAAGGCGAAGGUAAUGGGUCCAGCGCCCCUCAUCAACGACUACAUGGAGUACGGACCCAUUCUGGACAAAGAGAACAGUGAAGUUUGCAGCCAGUUCCAGGAGUUUCUGUCGCUGAACGGCCACCACCUGGAGGAGCGUCCGUUCCCCGACGUCGUGCAGCUCGCUCUGUCUCAGCCGCACUCCUCCGCCGUCUACAGACAGGCUCGGGAAAAGGCGCUGAACCCGGACAACGCUGGGAAGCUCUACUUUGAGUUAAUAAAUAAGAGCAGCGUAGAAAAUCUGUCCCGUUUGGUGAUCCACCCUCACCUGGGCUCCAUCUACUCCGCCUGCUUCUCCCACGAUGGAACCAGAAUCGCUUCCUGUGGAGCCAGCAAAACCCUGAAGGUAUUUAAAAGUACCUCAGGUGAGAAGCUGAUGGAGAUCCAGGCUCAUGAUGAAGAGGUUCUCUGCUGCGCCUUCUCCCCUGACGACCAUCUUCUAGCAACCUGCUCAAGCGACCGGAAAGUCAAGGUGUGGAACAUCCAGCAAGGCAAACUGCUGAGGAUCUUUGAAGAGGAGCAUGAAGAGCAGGUGAACCACUGCGAGUUCACCAACAUGUCACAGCGCCUCCUGCUGGCCACAUGCUCCAACGACAACUUCUUAAAUGUCAAGAUUUGGAAUCUGAACAAGCCGUCGUCCCAGAACACCAUGUUUGGUCACUUUGAGCCGGUGAACCACUGCUGUUUCUCCCCUGAUGAUGCUUAUUUAUCCACUUCCUCCAACGACGGCACCAUUAAGUUGUUCCAGGUGCCUGCAGCCAACGAGUGGAAGACGAUUGAUGUGAAGAGUUUCUUGUCAGAAAGCGAUGAUGAGGACGUUCUUGUGAAGUGCAGCACCUGGACCGCAGACGGCAAACGUAUCAUAUGCGCCGCCAGAAAUGCUGCCUUGGUGUUUGACGUCCAGACGUCGGACAUGUUGCUGGAAAUCAAGACGAAUCGUCUGAGCACAGUCCAGUACUGUCACGCCUGUCCUGCCAGUAACCUGUUGGCACUAGCAUUCUCAAAUUAUGCCAUUGAGCUGUGGGAUCUUGAGGAAAAGAAGAAGCGGGCGGACUGCAGCGGCCACCUGAGCUGGGUCCAGCGGGUCCAGUUCUCUAGAGACGGCUCUCAGCUGCUGUCCUGCUCCGACGACCAGACAAUCAGGUUAUGGGAGACCGAGAAGGUCCACACGUCCUCGGCCGUCUGCCUGAAGAGAGAUUCGGACGUUCUCUUUAAUGGUGAGGAAAUCAUCGUGUCGGCUGCAGACAACUGCAACAGACUCCAGGUGCGGGGCGGCAGAACAGGAUCGGUGCUGUUCCAGUCAGAGGAGCUGCCCUGCAGAAUCCGGUCCACAUGCAUGUGCAAGAAUCCGUCUGCAGUGGCUCUGGGACAAGAGAACGGAAAUGUGCAGGUGCUGGCUCUGCCUUCAGGGAAGCUUUUAGCCACUCUGCUGGGACACACCAAGACCGUGCUCCACUGCCAGUUCUGCCAGAACGGACAAACUCUCAUCACCUCAUCCGAGGACACCACCAUCAGGGUGUGGAAGUGGAAAUCAGGCGAGUGUAAAGUACUUCAGGGUCACAGGGAGCAAGUUCGAUGCUUCUCUCUGCUCUCCGACUCGGCAAAUGACUCGAGACUGCUCUCCUGGUCCUUUGAUGGAACUGUGAAGGUGUGGGACACUGAGAGCGGAGAGAAACUGCAGGACAUCAAGGCUCAUCAGGGAGCCAUUCUGUCCUGUCACGUCUCACCAGACGGAUGUCUCUUUGCGACCACCUCCGCUGACAAGACCACUAAGUUGUGGAGCUGCAAAUCCUGGCAGUGUGUCUUCACCCUGAGAGGUCACCUAGACUGCGUCCGAAGCUGCCGUUUCUCCUGGAACGGCAAACGCCUCGCUACGGGAGACGACAACGGAGAGAUCAGAAUCUGGAGUGUUAAAGACGGCUCUUUACUGAAGGUUUGUUCCCAGGAAAGUAAAGACGCCACUGAUUCUGUACAUGGAGGUUGGGUGACUGAUCUGCACUUCUCCCCAAACAACGCUGUGCUCGUUUCUACCGGAGGCUACAUAAAGUGGUGGAACGUGGCGAGAGGUGAAUCCCUGCAGACGUUCUACCCGACAGGAAGCGCCCUCAAGAAGAUCCACGUGUCGCCUGACUUCUCCACAUACGUCACCAUCGACAACAUUGGUAUCCUCUACAUCCUGAAGAGGGUGGCAUGAGGACAGGACAACUGCAGUCACAAUAACAAAUCACUACUAUGCAGAAAAAUGUGCAGCAGCAAGAGCAUGUUUACAUGUUUUCUCUUUGCCGUUAUCAGUCAAACAUGAGCCGUUAUCAGGAAAGUCUUGCAGUGAACACCAGCUUAUCAAGUUCUUUGGUACUACUUGACUUUAUUGCCGUGGUUAGAGAUGCACCAGUCAAAGAUUUGUGGCGGAUUGCUAAACUCAGGGUUCUGUGAAACCGAUUUAUGUUGCUCUUUAAAUUUUUCCCAGAUCAUUUGCAUCAGGGAGUGGAAAUGGUGCGGCAAAGCAAGAUUUGGCUCAUUUAAAAUAAAACUACAAUGGCGUCUUUAGCAUCUUAAAUCGAUGACUAGCAUGGUUAGCAUAGUUAAUGUGAACCGCAUGCUCUGUGUGUUUUUCUGAGAUGGCGGCCAACAUUUUCUAAUGUUUCAGAAGAAACAAAAAUUAAACGCUUGAAAGAAUUGAGCAAAGCAAACCUUGCUACUGAAGUUUGCUUUGCAUCAAUUUGCUACCUGGAGGUGGGUACAAACUGGCUUCUUGCACAUCAGCGCUUCCUUCAGUAACAACUUCCACACCGAAGAGUGUUGUGCGCACAAACGAGUGGGUGCCAUGUAAGGAGCGUCGUAAAAAGAUCGGAUUUUUGAGUUUACAGUCGAACUGAAAAUGAUGCUAUUCAAACCACCAAGUAGGUGCAUCUCUGCUUGUGAGCAUGUUAAACCUAAACACUAAAACAAGUUGGAAGAAUAAAAAAGGAAUCUUUAAAAAAAAAAUACAUGCAUAUUGAGAAAAUAUCAGUAUGGGGAUGAAAAAUAUAUGUUCCAUGCAUCUUAACUGUGAAUAAUAAAUAUUGAUCACGUUUUCUUUAUCAUUGGUGUGAAGGCAAUCUUUCUGACUUUUCUUGCAUGUCAUUAAAUGGUU